UGCGAUCAACCUACGCUGCACAAAACGUGAGAAAACGAGAGAAAAGAAAGUGAGAAAAAGAGAGAAGAAAAGAAACGUGAGAAAGAGAGGGUGAACGUUUGGAAGAAGAAGAAAGGCCGAUCAUCUGGAAGCGUUGCCGGAGAAGGAAACUGCCGGAGUGCUGCCGUCCUCUUAAGGAAGCGACUUUGACCGUCGUACCACCUUCCAUCGUCAAGAAGGACAGUUGGGAGAAGAAGCUGAUAGGGAAGCUUGUUAGGAAUAUCGGGAAUCUGAGACACCAUGCCACCAAGACGUGACCCGAAUGUCGUGCCUACUAAUGCUGAGCUGGCGCAAGCUCUCGCGCAGCUCACCCAGACAGUCACUAUGGCAUUUCAAAAUCAACCCAACAACGGCAAUAACAUGGAAAGUCGUGUAGCGGCACGAAACCCGCCGAGUUUCCUUGGGCAAGAGGAUCCAGUCCUUCUCGAGAAUUGGAUACGCACCUUCGACAAGUUGUUUGAUGCGAUCAAUUGCCCGGAAGAUCAACAAAUUAACAUUGCUGUUUAUUAUCUGCAUGAAGAAGCAGAUAAAUGGUGGGUUCAUGUGGGACCAGGGAUGAGCGCACAACCAGACUUCACUUGGGACCGGUUCAAGCGUGCACUGCGAAAAAGAUUUUACCCGCCACACGUACAAGCAGAAAAUCGUGACAAGUUCCUACACUUGAAACAGGGGGAAAUGACGGUGCAAGAGUAUCACAGUCAAUUUGUCACAUUGGCAGAAUUUGCAACAUCACUUGUACCCGAUGAGGAGAGUAAGAUCGAGAAGUUCAUCGGAGGACUAAACUUCGACACACAGAAGAUGAUGACUGUGCAAGAUUGGCAAACAUUGGAUGAUGCCUAUUACAAAGCUGCGAAGCACUAUCGGGUAACUAAACUCCAGCGAGAGGCACAAAAGAAAGCUAGGAAAAAUGAGGAGGAGAACGAGCAAGAGGAGAAGAAGUUAAAAACUCACCAUCAAGGGCAGUCUGUGACAAAAGCUAAUCGAUCAUAUGAGGAGAGAAGAUUUCCGGUGCAGAUUCCGACGAAGGUAGGGAAGGAGAGACACUUUAACUGUAAGAGGUGCAAGCAAGACCAUCCCGGCGUUGACUGCGCCGGUGAGAAAGUAACAUGCUAUUUUUGUGGUAAGUUGGGUCAUCGGGCGUACGAAUGUUGGUAUAACCCGGAGAAGGGGAUCAAACGUCAAAGGUCAGAUCAAGUAGAAAGGGAAUCAAAAAGGAAAUCGGCCGGAGGCCAUGGCAAAUCGCGACAAUAACAACGGGAAUAACAAAGCUCCUAACAAGGGCCGGAUAUAUGUUAUGAGCCAGACACAAGCCAUGAAUCACGAUGGCAAUCCAGAUGAUUAUGCCUUGGAUGAUGAUAUGCUCGCUUGAGUUCUUGAGGGCGCUAUUUAGAGACAUCUUCAUUAAUAAGACUUUACUUUAUAUAGAGGACAUCUUUACUUUUUAAUUUCCCUCACUUUAGAAUAUUUAGACAAGUAUUUUUGGUUAGCCUGUGCACUUAGCUAUGGAUAUGCUAAGUGUGGCGGUAACACGCUCAAUUUCCUUUUUGUCAUUCCGCUGCAACAUUUUAAGUAUUUCUAAAUAAAGUUCAUCAUU